AUGCAUGAGGAAUGUCAUCACCUGGAUAACAUCAGUGCGGUCUGGAAAGCCGGCGUGCAGGGUUUCAAUCGCGGAGAAGCCCAACUCGGCUUGAAUAAUCGGUUCCAGGUUGCGCACCAUUUCCCUUACCAAACUAGAGUGGAAUGGUUCACGACCCAUGUCUGGUCACUGUGCGCCAUGGCCCGAAGCCACCCAAACCGGGCCCUUGGCCGUCUCAGUUCCAAUUCGGUCGUUGAUGCCCCACCGAUUUGGCACAUCUUUGGCGAGAUCAUCGAGGGUAACGAUGGCGUUUGCAACGGAAUAAGCGACGAUGACAUGACGGAAGCGAUGAUACGUGUGGCGCUACAAUAG